ACUGGGCACUUUCACGCUCACUCCAAGAAAAUUAAAUUAACUUGGUUCAGGACAACACCCCUUAAAUCAACAUCGACCCGGAUAACAGCUAAAGGAAUCUGAUGCUGUUCGACGACCUGCGUUCCAUAAGCUCAAUCGACCAAGUUAUCGACGUACUUGAGGCCAACAAACUUUGGGUAGCCUGUCAUCUCGUUCUCCUCAGUUUAUUGACCCUCUGGGCCUUGACUUCUCGAUCAUCAUCGAUCCCAACCUCGCGGCCGUCUCGAAAAUCAACAGGCAAGAUGACACCGGAGACGGUCAAGCUGGAUCCCCCUAAAGAUACGGUCUUCACCCCACAGGAAUUAUCUCAAUUCGACGGCUCAGAUCCGUCGAAACCGAUCUAUGUGGCUAUCAAAGGCAUCGUAUUUGAUGUGUCGAACAAGCGGGAAGUCUAUGGACCUGGCGGCAGCUACCAUGUGUUUGCGGGCAAGGACGGGAGUAAAGGGCUCGGACAGAGCAGUCUGAAGGUCGAGGAUGCGAUUGCUGAUUACUCUUCCCUGAGUGAAGCGGAGCUGAAAGUUCUGGAUGAUUGGGUUGCUUUUUUCAAAAAACGAUAUAAUAUCCUUGGGAAGGUCGUGCAGAAGUAGCGCAACUACCGUAUGGUAAUUCGAGCGAUUGUCUGGCUGCUGUAUUUGAAACCGACAACCCUUUCCAUCCCCUCUCGUCGACAAACAAAAAACAAAACAAAACAAGAAGUCAAAAUCUAAUCUGUUGUUGCGUGCGAUCCCAAUAUAUAACCACAUGUAAAAUCAAACCCCCCCAAACACGCUUAUAACCGGCCUAGACAGAUCGAUCAUCUUUCGGGUCGAUUCUGAAUGGAAGGCACUCCAUAACAUUCAAGAUGAUUCGCAUAUACUUGAGCAGAAAUCAUCCCACGUGUUUCUACCUUUUUGUAUCCUGCUAUCUAUUAACUUGUGCUCGCUUCUUCUUGCCAGAAAGCUCUCAAUAAACUCUUCUUCCCCCGCAAGACUUCUCUGAUUCAAAUUCGAGAAUCGUGAAAUGUCGGUCACACAGUUGUAUGUAAUCAAUCAAUUCGAGACUUGAUCAGAUCAAUGCUACUUUGAUCUCAGCUUGGAUUUUUGAAUGGAAUUUGAUUUGAAAGCACUUGUAUGUGUUUCCUUCUUACUAGCUUCA